AUGAAAUCAUUAUUAGGUGACAGUCCAAUAACACCAUUAACUGAAAAGUCAAUAAUUCUUACUGAAAAUAAUAAUUAGGAUUAAUAUUAUCUUAUUACCUAAUAAAAUAAAUUAAUACACUAAAAAUAAUAAAAUUAAAAUCAAUUACUAAAUCCAAGUAUUUUGACUUAAAAACAAAACUUACACAAUAAAUUAAACUAACAAUAUAAAGACUUAAUAGAUAGAAGAUAUUAAUUAAGAAAUAGUUAUGAAUAAUAACAAAUGCAAUAAUGUUCAUUCAAACCAAGGAUUAGUUAAAAAAGUAUAGAAAUGAAAUCUUAAGAUAAGUCACAACCUCGAUAUAUGUCACCAAAAAAAAAUUAUAUAUAGGAAUACUAGUUAAAUCUUUAGACAUAGUAAUCCCCAUAAUAAAAAAUCAAGAAAAAGUUAAAUUAAGAAAAUCUUUGGGAAAGACUUAGUUAGAAUAAGUAAAGUGCUUAACUAUUUCCAUAACAUCAAAAUGUUAAUGAUAAACCAAAUUAAGAAAAAAUAGAUUAAACUAAAAUCAAUUAAAUUGUGAAUAAGUUAUACAAAUAGGACAUUUUACCUAUAAAAUAAAAAUAAUAAAAAGACAGUAAGAACUUAUAAGGUUCUUUAAGGGGAAGCCACAAUGAAAAAUUAGUAAUUCAUUAUUUUGUAAGAGAAUUUCAUAAAGUAUUAACUAUGGCAAGAUGUGAAACUUUGGAAGAUUCAAAAUUCAAUUAACAAUAUUCAUUUGACUUUUAAAUUUAAUGUGAUUUAUGUUUAAUUACAAAUAAUGAAAUGUGUUAUAUCUUAGAUAAUUUGGGAUUUUUCCUAUAGAAAACAAAAAAUUAUAAUUAGAGAUAUUUCAAAAUUUGCAAUGUCCUCCAGAUUUAGAUUUAAUAUUGUCAAGAAAUCUAUUAUGUUUCUUAUUAUGUGUUUAAGGUUUUCAUAAUGAAAUUGAAUAAAUACCAAAUUAUGAAAAUUAGUAUAAAAUAAACUUUGCUAUUCAAUUAAAUAAUGGAAUAACAAAAUUUAUAAAUGGAAACUUAAAAAUUUAUAAUCCAGAAUUAUUGCAAUAGAAUUAUAAUAUUCUAAAUAUAAAUCAUUUGACUUAUAAAAAAAAUUUUGAAUUAUAUGAGGAUGUUAAUACUUCUUUUAAGACUAAUAAAUAAACACAAGUAUUAGCAAAUUAGCAUCGAAAAAGAGUUGCAUCUGAAAUAUAACAUUCAAAUGUUACUUUAAAUGAUUAUGAUUAAAUUUAUAAUUAAAAGAAAUAAAGACUUUUUGAGGAAUAAGAAAAAAUUAAUCAGGAGCAAUGUACUUUUAACCCUUAAAUAAAUGAAGCUUAAGUAAAAUCAAAAUAUCUCUAAUAAAAACCAUAGAAAUAAAAUGAUUAAGAUAAUCAAUCCGAAAUUAAUAAAAAUUUAUUUACUCCAAAUACUACCAAAUCUAAGCCUAUUAUAUUUUAGAUGAAACCAGCAAAUAGCAAUGUAGCUAUUGAGAGAAUGAUCAAAGGGAGAGUCUAAAGAUAAUUGAGUUAAGCAAUUAUAAAAUAGGGAACUUGUAAUUCAAGAAAGAGACAAUAGUUAGAAGAAUAAAUUUAUGAAUAAGAAAUCGGUCACAAAUAUCCAUUAAUGUUUAUAGAUGUUAUUAUUGAUAACAACAUAAAGGAUAGGAUUAAUAAAUGA